AUUGGUACUGACUUGGUGUCGGGGAUUCACAAACUCUCACAACGGCCAAAGUCGCCAUAGCCCAUAGCAAACUCCGCCUACUCAAUCUCACUACUGCUUUGUUGAUAGUAUUGGAGAAGAUUAGGCAGAGAAUCGCCUACUCCUCAUCGUCUUCGCAUCUGAGUCUUCUGUAGUUUGAUCACCGGAAAAUCGAUCACAAUCAACAACCAUGGAGGAUUGCAUUUACAGAGACCCGAGAGCUCCGGUGGAGGCCCGAGUGAAGGACCUCCUCUCCCGCAUGACUCAGCAAGAAAAGCUGGGCCAGAUGACCCAAAUCGAACGCUCCGUCGCCACUCCUUCCGUCCUCAGAGACCUCUCUAUCGGGAGUAUUUUGAGUGUUGGCGGUAGUUGCCCAUUCGAGAACGCCUUAUCCAAGGAUUGGGCGGAUAUGAUCGACGGGUUCCAGAGAGCGGCGUUGGAGUCGCGCCUCGGCAUUCCGCUAAUCUAUGGGGUUGAUGCGGUCCAUGGGAACAAUAAUGUCUACGGUGCCACCAUUUUUCCUCAUAAUAUAGGCCUCGGAGCUACCAGAGACGAUGAAUUGGCUCGGCAGAUUGGGGUUGCGACUGCUCUUGAAGUCAGGGCCAGCGGCAGUCCUUACACCUUUGCUCCCAGUGUUGCAGUAUGUAAAGAUCCAAGAUGGGGAAGAUGUUACGAGAGUUUUAGUGAAGACACUGAAAUAGUUAGAAAGAUGGCAUCUGUCAUUACAGGAUUACAAGGGCAACCACCCCCUGGCCACCCAAGUGGAUAUCCCUUUCUAGCUGGAAGGAACAAUAUUGUUGCCUGUGCUAAGCAUUUUGUUGGAGAUGGGGGUACUCAUGAAGGUAGAAACGAGGGGAAUACCAUAUUAUCGUACGAGGAUCUGGAGAGAAUUCAUCUGGCUCCUUAUCUUGACUGUCUUUCUCAGGGAGUUUGCACUAUUAUGGCCUCCUACUCUAGCUGGAACGGGACCCAAAUGCACACAAGUAAAUUUCUUCUUACAGAUGUUUUGAAAGGAAAGCUAGGAUUCAAGGGCUUUAUCAUUACUGAUUGUGCCGCACUAGACAGACUCUCUAAUCCUUUUGGAUCAAAUUACCGGCGUUGUGUUCUGGCAGCCAUCAAUGCUGGAAUUGAUAUGGUGAUGGUGCCCUUACGUUAUCAAUUAUAUCUUGAUGACCUAAAAUGUCUGGUUGAAUCUGGGGAAAUACCAAUGACCAGAAUUGAUGAUGCUGUUGAACGGAUCCUGAGAGUGAAGUUUAUAGCUGGACUUUUUGAGUACCCACUGAGCGAUAGGUCGUUGUUGGAUAAAGUUGGUUGUAAACUACACCGGGAUCUGGCACGUGAAGCAGUUCGCAAGUCUCUGGUUCUCCUGAAGAAUGGGAAGGACACAACAAAACCAUUCCUUCCCCUAGAUAAGAACGCUAAGAGAAUCCUUGUUGCGGGACAGCAUGCAGAUGAUCUUGGAUUUCAGUGUGGAGGGUGGACUAAAACUUGGGACGGACAAAGUGGCAGAAUUACUAUUGGCACAACAAUCCUGGAUGCUAUCAGAGCUUCAGUGGGAGGGGAAACCGAAGUGGUAUACGAGCAAAAUCCAUCCCUGGACACUUUUUCAAAUCAACAGUUCUCGUUCUCCAUUGUAGUCGUGGGUGAAGCUCCUUAUUGCGAAUCUGGUGGCGACAGCAAGGACCUCAUCAUUCCUUUCAACGGUUCUAAGCUGAUAAGCUUUGUUGCAGACAGAGUUCCGACACUGGCAAUCCUCAUCUCUGGAAGGCCAAUGUACUUGGAGCCUUCACUUCUGGAGAAAGUAGAUGGCUUUGUGGCUGCUUGGCUGCCCGGGACUGAAGGCGCAGGGGUCACGGAAGCCAUCUUUGGGGAUCACGAGUUCCAUGGGCGCCUCCCGAUGAGCUGGUUUAGAAGCAUUGAUCAAGUGCCUAUGAAUCCUGGGGAAAAUGGAUAUGACCCUUUGUUCCCAGUUGGGUUUGGGUUAACAAGCAAAAACAAGGUGCUAUAGAAGGCAUCCAUGGCCUCAAGCUUUUUCAGCAAAUGCUGUGUUUUAAGUUAAUGCAAUUAUAUCUUAUGGAGUUGCAAACUCUUUUCCAUCUGUGUAUCAUUCUUUUAUUUCCCCCUUAACUUGAGCCAAAUAUGUCGAAUAUUUUCUACUUUAAUAAAAAGUUAUCUGUGGUGAACAUUUUGGAAAAA